CCCGCCGGGCGAGAGGGAGUACUUCCGGUUCUCCUCCGACGUAACCCGGAAGCGUUUCCUUCCCUCAGUGUUGCAAGCUGGAAGAUGGCGGCGGAGGAGCCUCAACAGCAGCCGGAGCCCCUCGGCGGAGACACGGACGGAGUGAAUUGCUUGGCCUACGAUGAAGCCAUAAUGGCUCAGCAGGAUAGAAUUCAGCAAGAGAUUGCUGUCCAGAAUCCAUUAGUCUCUGAGAGGAUGGAAUUGUCGGUCCUGUACAAAGAAUACGCUGACGAUGACCAUGUCUAUCAGCAGAAGAUCAAGGAUCUUCUAAAGAAGUAUUCAUACAUGCGGAAGACAAGGCCAGAUGGCAACUGUUUCUAUCGGGCCUUUGGCUUUUCCCACCUUGAGGCUCUUCUGGAGGAUGGGAAGGAGCUGCAGCGCUUCAAAGAAGUGGCUGCCAAAAGCAAGGAAGUGUUGGUUUCACAAGGCUUCACGGAAUUCACCAUUGAGGACUUCCACAACACGUUCAUGGAUCUCAUAGAACAAGUGGAGAAGCAGAUCACAGUUUCGGAGCUGCUGGCUUCCUUCAAUGACCAGAGCACCUCGGAUUAUCUGGUUGUCUACCUGCGGCUGCUCACCUCUGGCUACCUGCAGCGCGAGAACAAGUUUUUUGAGCAGUUCAUAGAAGGAGGACGCAGCAUAAAGGAAUUUUGCCAGCAGGAGGUGGAGCCCAUGUGCAAGGAGAGCGACCACAUCCAUAUCAUUGCGCUGGCCCAGGCCCUCAACGUCUCCAUCCUGGUAGAGUACAUGGACCGGGGCGAGGGUGGCACCACCAAUCCCCACAUCUUCCCUGAGGGCUCUGAGCCUAAAGUGUAUCUACUGUACAGACCGGGACACUACGACAUCCUGUAUAAAUAGGGGUUGGGACAGCCUGGCUAGGGAGCCAUGCCCCCUCUUCUCGCGCGCGUUCUGUCUCAUCGCCCACAUUUCCCCGUCCACCUGCCGGGCAGCGUCGUCUGUGGUUGUAAAUGGUGAUCGCUCUUGCUGACAUCUCACUCACUUGGUUUGUUAUUAUAUUUUUUUCUCCUUUUGUUGUUACACUUACACACUUCCGUGUUUUAUUAAAGGGGAUGCCGGUGAAACCAA